AUGGGUGGCAAUGAAUCAAAUCAAGCAGCCAAGAAGGACACACGUCCCCAGCGUCCGACGGGGAGCCGCAAAAAAUCAGCACGGCAGCAGCAACAGGACAAGAAAAUGUCUAAAGCCUCGAAAAAGCAGGCGAUGACGACCAAGGACGAGUCUUUAACCAAAGUCUCGACGGAAGAGGAUGGCACCACGACAUCCAUCACCACCAGUACUGAUGGAGGUACCGUCACGACAGUGGUCACGAGACCUGAUGGCUCGAGUGAGACGACCACUGAAAUCGUCACGACCAUGGAGACGGAGGUCGAUGCGAUGCGCAAGUCUCAGCAGCAGCAACAGGAUCUAAGUCCUACAGCGGCGGCUGCAGCGUGCGCCGUGGCGGACUUUGAAAGUGUAAGCGAGGAGAGUACGAGCAUUCAGGACCUUGCAGAGCUUGCUUGGCACGCCUGGAGUGCAAGUGCUACGGCCGCUGCCAUGGGCUUGGAGGAGUCGAAGGCCGAGAUGCUGUACGAUCUGAGCAACACUUCGGGUGUGCUCUUUACCAGUACUGUCGUGUCGUCGCAAACGGCACGAGACGAUGUGACGGGCGUGGAGGCUGGAAAGGAAUGGAAAAAGGAGGACAUUAAGAAGUUGGUACCUGCCUUCUUAACCUAUUUGACAAGCCAGGGUCGUCGCUUUGAGACAGUGACUGCAGUGGAGCUCUUUAUCUUUGCGCGUGCAUUUUGUCGUUUCCGUGUGUUAAAACAUAAAGUGGACCCAGAAAAAGAAGAACGAAAAAGUCUGGCAGAGCGUGUACUAGGUGUCGCUGAGCGCCGCUCAAAGGAACGCAAGCUGGCGUGGGAAUUGGCUCGCGCAUUCACGCUCUACUACCCCAAUUUUCCGAUUAGUCGCCGCGGUCUACGCUUUAGUACGACCAAUACGGUGCUCAUGGAUCAAGCUCCCGUAGAGAACGAGUCGUCGUUUGAGUUUAUUGCGAUGAAUCGUCGUUUGUCCAAGUGGCUGCGUAAGGUCAUUGUGAUUUCUCUGUUGCGUGACUCAUCCGAAGACUGUACUCGCGCGAAAAGCGCGAUUGUGCUUUACGAUGGAGAAAUUGUGCGUAGCGGUUCGUGGGAGGAGAUGAUUGAGUAUCUCCAAAAACUAGGUGCUCAAUGUCCGUCACAAAGCGACGUGGCCCUGUGUAUGGGUGACAAGAACGCGACAGCUUCGAUAUUCGACUGGCAAGACGAAGCCGUGAAGACAACAGCAAUCAUUCAACUCGCUGACGAGAUCGUUAUAAUGUCCGGAUCGCCCAUUGUCGACGCAUACAGCGAAAAUUGUCUCAUGGAAGUUGGCAGUUAUCACAACGCGCAAGCUGUUUCAGUGUUAAAGCAAGCCGAUACACUUCUAGAUAAACCUGCGCUUGGAUGUUACAUGUAUGAAGCCCACUUGGAAGAACCCGUCUGCGAUAAGAUCGGGGACAGAGGUGGUUUUGAUGCUGGUGAUUGGUUUAUGUCCUGGUUAAACAAACAAACUCGCGGCCCACCGCUCACCACAAAGGCCGCUGCACGUAAGCUCAUCGCCAACUGGACGACAAAAAAGCAAGUCACCUCUAUUGAAUCUGAUCCAGCAGUAAAGACGGAGGUGUUCCGCUUGAAACAAGCCGAUGGCAGUAUCGUGACCAAGACUGUGCGCACGACCACACGCACGGAGACGUCCCACGCCGGUGAGCUUGUGACGACGAUCGAGGUGGAGACGACGACAGAGACCGAGACGAAGGGCGGAGCCACGAGCACGACAGUGGAGACGGAGACGACGACAGAGACCGCCACGGAGAUGGAUGCGAUGACGUCGGACCUUGCUUCGACCGCGGGCAUGACCGCGAUCAGCUCGACGGAGGAAGCUGGCGUUGUGCCGGGCGAGACAGUAAAGACGGAGGUGUUCCGCUCGAAACAAGCCGAUGGCAGUAUCGUGACCAAGACUGUACGCACGACCACACGCACGGAGACGUCCCCCGCCGGUGAGCUUGUGACGACGAUCGAGGUGGAGACGACGACAGAGACAGAGACGAAGGGCGGAGCCACGAGCACGACAGUGGAGACGGAGACGACGACAGAGACCGCCACGGAGAUGGAUGCGAUGACGUCGGACCUUGCUUCGACCGCGGGCAUGACCGCGAUCAGCUCGACGGAGGAAGCUGGCGUUGUGCCGGGCGAGACAGUAAAGACGGAGGUGUUCCGCUCGAAACAAGCCGAUGGCAGUAUCGUGACCAAGACUGUACGCACGACCACACGCACGGAGACGUCCCCCGCCGGUGAGCUUGUGACGACGAUCGAGGUGGAGACGACGACAGAGACCGAGACGAAGGGCGGAGCCACGAGCACGACAGUGGAGACGGAGACGACGACAGAGACCGCCACGGAGAUGGAUGCGAUGACGUCGGACCUUGCUUCGACCGCGGGCAUGACCGCGAUCAGCUCGACGGAGGAAGCUGGCGUUGUGCCGGGCGAGACAGUAAAGACGGAGGUGUUCCGCUCGAAACAAGCCGAUGGCAGUAUCGUGACCAAGACUGUACGCACGACCACACGCACGGAGACGUCCCCCGCCGGUGAGCUUGUGACGACGAUCGAGGUGGAGACGACGACAGAGACAGAGACGAAGGGCGGAGCCACGAGCACGACAGUGGAGACGGAGACGACGACAGAGACCGCCACGGAGAUGGAUGCGAUGACGUCGGACCUUGCUUCGACCGCGGGCAUGACCGCGAUCAGCUCGACGGAGGAAGCUGGCGUUGUGCCGGGCGAGACAGUAAAGACGGAGGUGUUCCGCUCGAAACAAGCCGAUGGCAGUAUCGUGACCAAGACUGUACGCACGACCACACGCACGGAGACGUCCCACGCCGGUGAGCUUGUGACGACGAUCGAGGUGGAGACGACGACAGAGACAGAGACGAAGGGCGGAGCCACGAGCACGACAGUGGAGACGGAGACGACGACAGAGACCGCCACGGAGAUGGAUGCGAUGACGUCGGACCUUGCUUCGACCGCGGGCAUGACCGCGAUCAGCUCGACGGAGGAAGCUGGCGUUGUGCCGGGCGAGACAGUAAAGACGGAGGUGUUCCGCUCGAAACAAGCCGAUGGCAGUAUCGUGACCAAGACUGUACGCACGACCACACGCACGGAGACGUCCCACGCCGGUGAGCUUGUGACGACGAUCGAGGUGGAGACGACGACAGAGACCGAGACGAAGGGCGGAGCCACGAGCACGACAGUGGAGACGGAGACGACGACAGAGACCGCCACGGAGAUGGAUGCGAUGACGUCGGACCUUGCUUCGACCGCGGGCAUGACCGCGAUCAGCUCGACGGAGGAAGCUGGCGUUGUGCCGGGCGAGACAGUAAAGACGGAGGUGUUCCGCUCGAAACAAGCCGAUGGCAGUAUCGUGACCAAGACUGUACGCACGACCACACGCACGGAGACGUCCCCCGCCGGUGAGCUUGUGACGACGAUCGAGGUGGAGACGACGACAGAGACCGAGACGAAGGGCGGAGCCACGAGCACGACAGUGGAGACGGAGACGACGACAGAGACCGCCACGGAGAUGGAUGCGAUGACGUCGGACCUUGCUUCGACCGCGGGCAUGACCGCGAUCAGCUCGACGGAGGAAGCUGGCGUUGUGCCGGGCGAGACAGUAAAGACGGAGGUGUUCCGCUCGAAACAAGCCGAUGGCAGUAUCGUGACCAAGACUGUACGCACGACCACACGCACGGAGACGUCCCCCGCCGCUCGACGGAGGGAAGCUGGCGUUGUGCCGGGCGAGACAGUAAAGACGGAGGUGUUCCGCUCGAAACAAGCCGAUGGCAGUAUCGUGACCAAGACUGUACGCACGACCACACGCACGGAGACGUCCCCCGCCGGUGAGCUUGUGACGACGAUCGAGGUGGAGACGACGACAGAGACCGAGACGAAGGGCGGAGCCACGAGCACGACAGUGGAGACGGAGACGACGACAGAGACCGCCACGGAGAUGGAUGCGAUGACGUCGGACCUUGCUUCGACCGCGGGCAUGACCGCGAUCAGCUCGACGGAGGAAGCUGGCGUUGUGCCGGGCGAGACAGUAAAGACGGAGGUGUUCCGCUCGAAACAAGCCGAUGGCAGUAUCGUGACCAAGACUGUACGCACGACCACACGCACGGAGACGUCCCCCGCCGGUGAGCUUGUGACGACGAUCGAGGUGGAGACGACGACAGAGACCGAGACGAAGGGCGGAGCCACGAGCACGACAGUGGAGACGGAGACGACGACAGAGACCGCCACGGAGAUGGAUGCGAUGACGUCGGACCUUGCUUCGACCGCGGGCAUGACCGCGAUCAGCUCGACGGAGGAAGCUGGCGUUGUGCCGGGCGAGACAGUAAAGACGGAGGUGUUCCGCUCGAAACAAGCCGAUGGCAGUAUCGUGACCAAGACUGUACGCACGACCACACGCACGGAGACGUCCCCCGCCGGUGAGCUUGUGACGACGAUCGAGGUGGAGACGACGACAGAGACCGAGACGAAGGGCGGAGCCACGAGCACGACAGUGGAGACGGAGACGACGACAGAGACCGCCACGGAGAUGGAUGCGAUGACGUCGGACCUUGCUUCGACCGCGGGCAUGACCGCGAUCAGCUCGACGGAGGAAGCUGACGUUGUGCCGGGCGAGACAGUAAAGACGGAGGUGUUCCGCUCGAAACAAGCCGAUGGCAGUAUCGUGACCAAGACUGUACGCACGACCACACGCACGGAGACGUCCCCCGCCGGUGAGCUUGUGACGACGAUCGAGGUGGAGACGACGACAGAGACAGAGACGAAGGGCGGAGCCACGAGCACGACAGUGGAGACGGAGACGACGACAGAGACCGCCACGGAGAUGGAUGCGAUGACGUCGGACCUUGCUUCGACCGCGGGCAUGACCGCGAUCAGCUCGACGGAGGAAGCUGGCGUUGUGCCGGGCGAGACAGUAAAGACGGAGGUGUUCCGCUCGAAACAAGCCGAUGGCAGUAUCGUGACCAAGACUGUACGCACGACCACACGCACGGAGACGUCCCCCGCCGGUGAGCUUGUGACGACGAUCGAGGUGGAGACGACGACAGAGACCGAGACGAAGGGCGGAGCCACGAGCACGACAGUGGAGACGGAGACGACGACAGAGACCGCCACGGAGAUGGAUGCGAUGACGUCGGACUUUGCUUCGACCGCGGGCAUGACCGCGAUCAGCUCGACGGAGGAAGCUGGCGUUGUGCCGGGCGAGACAGUAAAGACGGAGGUGUUCCGCUCGAAACAAGCCGAUGGCAGUAUCGUGACCAAGACUGUACGCACGACCACACGCACGGAGACGUCCCCCGCCGGUGAGCUUGUGACGACGAUCGAGGUGGAGACGACGACAGAGACAGAGACGAAGGGCGGAGCCACGAGCACGACAGUGGAGACGGAGACGACGACAGAGACCGCCACGGAGAUGAAUGCGAUGACGUCGGACCUUGGUUCGACCGCGAUCACCACCAAGACGACGGAAGACACCGUGGAUGGGGGGGGGAUGUGA